UAUAAAUUGAAAUUUCAUAAUUCAAACUCAUUCAAAUUAAAAAAUUCCGUUGUUGAAAUGAAAUUGCUCAGAAACUGUCAAAUACAAGUUUUGAUACUUAAUUUUUGCAUUGGCAUUGUAAUAUCCCAAUAUGGCCAGCAUACGUGGGAAUACGAGCUUGUCUCAAUUGAUCAUUAUACCUCUGAUGCAGAUUUACUGCUGUUCUAUGAAUUGAAUGCGACACGAGUCAGUCGUGGAGUUUAUGCAUGUGCAGGAACGAUUUUUUUCAAUUAUGACGUAGUAGAAGGUGAUUCCAAUGAGAUAGAAAUAAAAACGUACCGAAGUGACAGCAUAAACGGCGAUUAUAAGCCCAUACCCUUCACUUUACAAAGGCAGCAUAUUUUUGGUUUUAUGAACGAUUUCUACAAGAAUGCAUUGAUGGAAACAUUAAAGGAUUGUUCGAAUUUGCCGUUGUUCGAUGGGGAUUUUGUGCCACCGCUAGAGAAGAGAAAUUACACAAUGGACAAUUGUGUUUUUACCCAAAAGGGAUUUCCCCAACAUUUGCAGGAUGGUUACUAUAAGGUUGUCCUUUAUACCUUCGGUGAUGUUGAGUGGUCAAUGAUUUUUUAUUUAUUAGUUCAAAACAUUUUUCGAUAGAUUUGGUAUCUAUCGAAAAACGUACGUUGUGCAUAGAUUGAUUUUGUAUAAAUUCAACAACAAAUUUAAAGUUUAAAAAUGUUCUCCAAAGGGGAAAUCUAAUAUAUUUCGUCGAAGCUAAA